UUCCUAAUUGAAUUAUCCUAACCUCACGAAAAACUCACUUCCGGUCGUAGCUGUGUCGAAGUGGCGUGUUUAUAGGGAAUCUCGUAAAAAGAAACCCCCACUCCCACUGAUUCACAGCUGUCAGUUGGAGGAAAAAAACACUGUCAAUCUUUGGGAGGAACCACUGUACAGUAUUUUAACAACCAAGACGAAGAAAGAGCAAAUCCUGGAAACAUCAACGUCGUUUAGAAGCUUCUACGAGCCUGGCGAAUCUCUUUGAAAAGGCGUGACGUGAAGAGCAGAGCAGUGUCAGUUUGCUCUGUCACACAUUAGAAAUUGGGGUUGGCUAGCUAGUAGCUGGCUAACCAGCUAGCCAGCUAAAUUUAUACUGCUCAAAGGGAUUGGCCUUCUCUUUUGCAUUGGGGUCAUUACAUCGGAAAGAACAUCUCAGGAUUCAAUUAAACCUCAUUUUUAUGUUUUGGGUCCCAAGGAAGGAUUUCUUUCCCCCCACACUGUGUUGCUCUAAUUUGGCCCUGAACGUGUUGGUGGAGCUGCAGUUGCACAGAAGCCAUGGGGACACCAGGUAGAAAGCGUGCCCCUAUCAAGGACCGGUUUUCAGCUGAGGAUGAAGCCCUUAGUAGCAUUGCCCGGGAGGCGGAGGCCAGGCUGGCUGCAAAGAGAGUGGCCAGGGCGGAGGCGAGGGACAUCCGAAUGAGAGAACUCGAACGGCAACAGAAAGAGCUCUCCUCUCGCCACUCCUCAUCCAGCAGCAGGAAAAGCUGGGGCUCGAUCCACCAAUGGAUGGCCGACACAGAGAAGGCCCGGCACUCUGGAACUAGUACUAGAUCCAGUAGCCAUCAUCGGCGGGAUGAUGAUGUCAUGUCGGUCCGUAGCACUGGAAGCUACAGGUCAACCUCCUCAUUGCGAGACCUGGGCAGCUCAUCUUAUAAAAGCCUGGCCAGCACCUCUCAUCGAAGAGACCUGGUGUCUGACGGCCUGUCCAAUAGCUCGGCCCUGAAGAGUAGCUCCUCUGUGAAGGGUAGCUCCUCUCUGAAGAGCUCCCGCUCCACUAGCUCUGUGUACAACGACCUGCAUAAGAAGGCUCCCGUGUCCAGCAGCUCCAGGAAGGGCCUGCUGACUGGCUUGUACCACGAUCAGAGGAACUACAGCAGCUUAAAGAACACCUCCAAACUUCCUCCUCCCACUACUUCCACCUAUCAGCCUCGGGCCCCAUCUGUGGCCUCCACCGCUGGCUCUGGUUCGGGGCUGACUCGCAGCUACAGCCUGGCUUCUAUAAAUGACGACGGUCUGUAUGGCUCGUACACUGGUUCUCAAUUGCAUACUCCCUCUGAGUACAGCUGGUGCUCCACCCGGAGCAGCCCUGUGAACUCCUCUGAUGACGAUACUGCCAGCACCGUGUCCCAGGAGCGCUACAGUCGCGGCAGGAGAGACAGCGUGUCGUCUGAUUUCUCUGACAUCAGUGAGUCGGCCGCUGACUAUUUCAGCCGCUCCAACCGCAGGGGCAGCGUUGUGUCUGACCUGGAUGACCUGUGUAUCCCAGACGACCUGGACGCUCUGGAUGAAAAAUGUGAUAAGACCUUCGUGGACUACAGCCGGCCAUCCUCGCGCUGCACCACUCCCGGCCUCUCCCCGGCCACCUUGGCCUCCCUGGGGGGGACCUCCUCGAGACGGGGCAGUGCAGACACAGGCAGCAUUGUCGAUCCUGACACCAGUCUGAGUGAAUUGAGGGAUAUCUAUGAUCUAAAGGACCAGAUUCAGGAUGUAGAGGGGCGGUACAUGCAGGGGCUUAAAGAGCUGAAGGAGUCGCUCUCAGAGGUGGAGGAGAAGUAUAAAAAAGCCAUGGUAUCGAAUGCACAGCUGGACAACGACAAAACCAACCUCGUCUACAACGUGGACACACUCAAGGACGUGAUCGAGGAGAUGGAAGAGCAGAUGGCCGAGAUGCGGAGGGAAACCGAGGACAAGUCUAAGGAACUAGAAAGACAAAAGCACACAUGCACAGUCCUGCAGCACAAACAAGUGGAGUUAAAAGAGGGAAUCCGCCAGAGAGAUGAGCUCAUAGAGAAGAACCAGCGAAUCCAGACUAACUUAGAUACCCUCACCAGAGAGGUGUUUGACCUGCAGGAAACGAUAAACUGGAAGGACAAAAAGAUUGGGGCCUUAGAGAGGCAGAAAGAGUACUUUGAUUGCAUUAGGAAUGAGAGGGAUGAGCUCAGAGAUGAGCUGGCUGACAUCAAGGCGAAGGCCAAAACAGGAGAGAAACACGGCCUGGUCAUAAUCCCUGAGGGCAUGCCUAACGGGGACAUCAGCCACGACGACCCAGCCACAGGGAUCACUGUGGUCACACAGGAGGCUGCCCAGGUGCUGGAGUCAGCAGGAGAAGGGCCUCUGGAUGUUAGGCUACGAAAGCUUGCGGAUGAAAAGGAUGAACUCUUAGCUCAGAUCAGGAAGUUGAAAAUGCAGCUGGAGGAUGAAAGGCAGAAGCACUCGAAGAUGGAAAACGCCUUCACAGAGGGAGAGAGAAUGGAGAAUGGCACUGAUCUGCACGUCAUCGAGAUGCAGAGAGAUGCCAACAGACAGAUAAGUGAAUACAAGUUCAAGCUCUCGAAGGCAGAACAGGAAAUGGGCACAAUGGAACAAAACAUCAACAGACUUGAAGGACAAGUGUCCAGAUACAAGGCAUCGGCGGAAAACUCAGAGAAAAUAGAAGAUGAACUGAAAAUUGAAAAAAGGAAACUUCAAAGGGAGCUGCGUACAGCUCUGGAUAAGACUGAGGAGAUGGAGAUGACCAACAACCACCUAGUAAAGCGCCUUGAGAAGAUGAAGGCCAAUCGGAAUGCCCUUCUGUCUCAGCAGUGAGGUCUGCUGGAUUGCCGCAGAAGCCCUUAAACUCACACCUCAGUGUCUGGAGCACAUUUCCAUUCUUCCUGUAACACUUAAAAUUGUGUAGCAAAACCAAAAACACUUACAGAAAAAAAGCAACACUGGUAGCACCGAGGCAAGAGUUUUUUAAUAAAGGAUUAGCAUUGGUUUGUGCACCAGUGUCUUCGGAAGGGAGACUCAACCUAUUAAACCAUAGUUACUAGGGGGAGGUGAUGAAUCUAAGGAAAAUUUGACUCAUUACUUUAUUUUUCAAAGCUUUGUACUACAUGUUAUUCACAAGGUUUUACUGCUGGGUGCUUGGCUAUUAUAAUUUUUUUAAAUAAGUUGCAUGAAUGAGUAUAAUGGCGCUUUUUAACUGUUAAACCCUUACGGCUGCUCUCUGGCCGUGCACCUAUCCAUAAUCCCUCACACAGUGAAGUGCCUUCUCACACCUGGAGACUGAGGGUUUUGCAUUAACCAAACAAUUCAAAACAUUAACUGGUACAGAAUUAUGUAUUUAAAGGUGCAGUCAUGAUUUAAUGAAAUAUAUAGAACCAAUUGUCUGCAGAGGUUUCUCAAAUAUUUAAAGAUUUCUUGGCAAUAAGUGUAAAUGUCAGAACUGUAAAUACAAGGUAGAUUUGUUAAUUUUUUUUGCAUGGGUUAUGGCACAUUGAAUUCCAUUUGUAAGAGUGAUGGUUUGAGGUUCUUUAUUUGGGGUACAUCAGAAGACAGCACUACAUACCACUUCUCAAACAGUGUUCGCUGCUUUGAAAGCCAAGCAGUUUCAAGUCUCAGGAUCACACAGUGAUUGUGUCUGGGGCAGCUAUCGCAUUGAAUAAACUCUUAACAGAUUUA